AUGCUAUUUUCAGCAGACCGUUUUGAAAUCGCAGGGGACUUCCUCAUUCCAAGAUCUGGGUCAGAAUGGGAGGGAACUCAUGGCAGCUACAUUUUGGAUUGGGAUACAAGACGGUGGUACUUACUUAUUGCACCAACAGAGUGCAUGCCGGUACAUGGUACAACAGAUGAUGAUGUGGAGGAGGGGAACGAUGCGAUAGACAUCCUCGGAAAGUUCUUCGAUGUCCUAUCACCGGACGCAUAUUCCAUCACAGUCGACGCGCGAGGACUCCUCCAAUCCAUCUCACCUGGCGGAAAAGCACGCCCUAGUCAGAUGCAUCAUACAAUACCUUUUAAAUCUGCUCCCCACUUGGAAAAGUGCCUUACAGUCCACUUCAGCCAGCUGGUUGAGACGGAUCGUAUAGCCCCUGGUGUCGAUCGCGUUUUCCCGCAAGGACAAGAACACUUAGACUAUGUCUUCAAAUAUGGACUCACACUUAUGAAAGACCGCUUUAUUUGGAAAGAGGUGAGCAUUUUGAGUAUGCUUCCAAAGCACCGGCAUAUCUUGGCCUUGGAACAUGUCGUGUUGAGCGAUGAGCCCGAGCCAUGUAUCCUAGGGUUCACCUCUAGAUUCAUUGCGGGCGGAGACCUCAACAAUAAUCCACGGCCGUUCAAACUCAAAUGGCUACAACAACUGACUGAAACCCUUGACUUCCUCAACCUAGAGCUUGGCAUAGUCAACAGAGAUAUCAGCGCUAAGAACCUUCUCAUUGAUGAAGUAACGGACGAUAUUAUACUAUUUGAUUUCGGCAUUGCCUGUACGACCGCACAGGUAGAAUGGCGCAACGACGAUGUAGAUGAUGCGGUCAUUACUCUGUAUGAGAUUAUCACACAUGACGAUUCAGUGCGACAACAUUAUGCCUAUAAUGGCGAGAUCUCUGCGGCCGAGAUAAUUUUUGACAAGCCGACGUGGCUAGUGAAAGGUGAACUCGCAUGCGAGGUUUCAUUCCUAAGGAAACAUGUCGAGGAAUGGUAUCAUAGACGACUCGCCCUUCUCAACGAUGGCUCUAUGGAUGGCAUCAAGAAUAUGAUAAUACCUUUAAGGCCAGCCGGGUUCGACUUAGCACAGAACAGUGGGGCUGAGGGUGAGAACCUCGAAUCGAACAAGCGCAAGUGGAAUUCAUCAUGCUGGGAACGCCCUGAAAAGACCGAAGCCUUCGCAUGGACUAAAAAACAGAAACUUUGCGUGAGCUAA